UUGCCACAGAGAUUUCUUCCUCUUUACUUUUUCGUCACCACCAUCUAUCCCUCUCUAUCUCUCUCUCUCCCAAACGGUUGAAGAUUCCGACCAUGUCAGGCGAAAACUGGACUCACGUGGCCAUGUCUGACGACUCGUUGGUGGCCGACGCGCUGCUUCAGCUCCGUCACUCUGAACCGACGAAGAAGAGCGACGCAUCUCUCGUCAAGCUCAAGUGGAGCGUCCGUCAACGUAGAUCAAGAAAAGGAGACCAAACGCGAGCCAGCCCCACCACUCCUCUUUCCUUGAGCGACGCCACGUCUCUCAGCGGCGGUGGCGGUGUCACCACCGUGGAAGGCCUUGACGAGUCCAGCGCCACCGUAAAACCAUUUGAGACCUUUAGAUCUAAGGUUUCUCAAACGUGUGUAAUAACAACAACAACUCUUUUCAAGAGAUCAAGGAAGAAAAAGACUUUGGCGGAGCUUAAAGGUGAGGAAGUCAUGCUCUUGAAGGAAAGCAAAGGCCUGAAAAAUGAAUUAGCACGUAUGCGCGAUUUGGUCGAGGAACAAAGAACAAGAAACAACGCUCUAAAGAAGAUGAAGGCUGAAUCACAAUCUGCCGUGUCCUGCAAACGUGCUUUCCAACAAGGCUCCUCCUUUUUGCUCCCUGACCUAAACAUGCCACUAGAUUCAGACAUGAGCCCAGAAGUUAUAUGCUGAAUGAGCAUAUUAUUCUUUUGUUUUUCCAUCAUACCCCACUAUACCUCCUUCCACAACCAUCUUUUUUUUAACUGUAACUAUAUGAAUAUGAACAAGAUAGAUUAAUCCUAUAUAUCCUCACCCAUUUGGCCAUUUCCCGUGGCUGCUGUUCGAGUUUAUGUUUCUUGACAUAUCUCUUUCUCUAGCUGGUAGUAUGAUGUUUUUGAUUUGCCACUCUCUCAAGUGAUUCUCAUUUUUCCUCAUUUUCAUAGGUUAAUGGAUAUACACUUGUUCUAUAUUUCUUAUUGCAAGAUCACAUCGGCCUUUCUAUCAAUGUAAAACGUUACAGACCU